UGCAUUUAAAAAUUACUUAUCAUUGAAAUAUAUAUCCAUCCGAAAAUUGAACAAUGACCAUACCACGCUUGUAGAAUGGGUCUCGACAUCUUAUUUUGACCCAUAAAUUCUUGGUAGUAAUUUUUCGUAGUGGUUGAAUAAUUCAAACGACUUGUGAUUUUUCUAUAAUUUCAGAAAGGAUGAUCUGGUGGGCGUGGGCGGCUUUCAGCAUGAUAAACUAGAAUAGUUUGUCAACGAAUACAAUAUGAGCCUCCAUGACUGGAAAAUAUGAUCCCUGCCAUAACAAAACGUGCUUCAUUAUGCCAGUUUCCCACUUCUUUAAGUUUAUUUUCCUAAUUCGAUCUUAUUACGGGGACUGAUUCCAAAUCAUGAUUGGGGCCCACCAAUCACAUUUUUUUUUCUCUCUCUAAACAAAGCCUCAACUUGCAAAGAUUUCACAACCAUAUGUAUCCAUCCGCCAAUCAGAUAGAUAGUACAGAUACAAGAAAAUGAUGGGGUUUGGCACAUCAUUACUCAUGUCUGCCCCUUUAGUACUUUCAAUAUUCCUUCCCUCCCUCAUAUUCCUCUGUUCAUUCAUUCAAUGGAGAUUCCGGCAAGCUGCCUCAAAUCCAGGCCCGAUUUCAUACCCCGUAAUUGGAUGCCUAGCUUCUUUCUACAAGAACCGACGCCGCCUGUUGGACUGGUACACUGACAUGCUGUCAGUGUCGCCGUCACAGACGAUAACUAUCUCCAGAUUAGGUGGUCGGAGGACCGUCGUCACAGCCAACCCACAAAACGUAGAGUACAUUCUAAAGACAAACUUCACCAACUACCCCAAAGGCAACCCCUUCACGGAAAUCCUCGGAGAUUUUCUCGGAAAUGGUAUAUUCAAUGUGGACGGUGAUCUGUGGUACAACCAGCGUAAGCUGGUCGUACACCAGUUCAAUGCCACGUCAUUGAGAGGCUAUGUAGAGAACGCACUCAAGGAAGAAGUGGAGAAGAAGCUGAUUCCGGUGCUGGAAUCAGCUGCAGAUGAUGAGCAGGGUAAAUCCGUGGACCUGCAGGAUUUGCUGAGAAGGGUUGCGUUCGAUUUGGUCUGUAAGGUUUCGUUAGGAUACGACCCUGGUUGCGUGGAGUACCGUUCUUUGGAUACACCGCAUCCCAUUGUUGAAGCAUUUGAUGUGGCAUCGGAUAUGAGUGCUAGAAGAGGUGCAGCUCCGAUUUCACUCAUGUGGAAGUUUAAGAGGCUCUUCAAUCUUGGGUCGGAGAAGAGGCUUAGAGAAGCCAUUAGUAGAAUCCAUCUAUUCAUACAUGGAAUAAUUCGUGACAGGAGAAAUGUGGUAUCGACGGGGGAAUAUUCCGAUCUUAUGUCAAAGAUGGUGUUGGAUGGGGAAGAAGACGAGGUUGUGAGGGAUACGAUGAUAAGCUUCAUAAUGGCAGGAAGAGAUACAACUUCGGCAGCUAUGACGUGGCUUUUCUAUUUGCUGUCAUGCCACACUGAAGCAGAAAACGAGGUGGUGAGGGAGAUAGAAAAGGUUGUGGGAGAUGAAGAAGAGAUUAGUUUGUCGAAAUUGGAAAGAUUAAAAGAAUUGAGGUGGUUAAAGGCUUGUGUUUGUGAGUCGAUGAGGCUGUACCCACCAGUAGCGUGGGACUCCAAGCAUGCUACAGCCAAUGAUAUGUUGCCAGAUGGCACCGGAGUGAGAGCCGGAGACCGGGUGACUUAUUUCCCAUACGGUAUGGGGAGGAUGAAGGGUUUGUGGGGGGAGGACCGGUUUGAAUUCAAACCGGAGAGAUGGGUUUCUGAGGUGGAAGGAGGUGAAAUUAAGGCCAUAAAAAAUGUUAGCCCUUACAAGUUUCCAGUGUUUCAAGCCGGUCCAAGAGCUUGCCUUGGAAAAGAGAUGGCAUUCGCUCAAAUGAAGUAUGUGAUGGCUUCAAUACUGAAGCGGUUCACAAUCAGACCGGUGAACUCCGACCGGCCGGUUUUUGUGCCCCUCCUCACGGCUCACAUGGCCGGAGGAUUUAAGGUAUUUGUUCGUCGAAGAAGACAGUAGUAACAUGCAAAUGUAACAGUAAGAUGAAUCUGGUUUUUAAUGUAUCAAUCAAUUUAUUUAUUCUUUUCUUUUAUUAUUACCAAAACAUUUAAGCCAUGUGCAGCCGGAACACUCGGCCAGACUGGGCGGUUAUGUGAUAUUAAAAUACAUUUUAAUGCUUUCAGAAAAAAUAAAAAUAAAAAUAUUUUUUAAUAUUUUA